AUGUCUCAGGAGGAAGAUCAACAACAGAGAUGGGGCGUGGGUCAGAGCUCCUGGAGAGCCCCAGCACCUAGUUCUUACGACUAUGGUCACUUGAGUGAGGACAACCCGAUUGUCGAGGCAGAGAACUGGGGUCGGCAAAGAUCAUCAUCUUUUUCUCGGCUUCGACAAGCUGGCGGCGUGAAUAGUAUUGACAAUUUCGCUCGCUCAUGGCAAAGAGCUGCCUGUUUCCCCGAAGUCCUUCCGCGUCGUUCAUCCUUCGUCUCGGUAGACUCCGAUGAUGAGUUUGCCGUUGCGACGGGAGGGGUCUAUGCCCCCCGAAUUUCCCGCCCACAAGAUGUAGAACGGCAUGCGCUCUCGGACGACGAAGAUGAUGAACAAGAUGACGAAGCUCAUACCACGAAGACCUACGCGAGCCCCAAACGAGCCCUCCCAACAUCUAGCCUCCUGGCCUCUUCUCUAUCUAGAAGCUUUGCGACUUCAUACGGGACGAUCUCCUCACGAGUGAGCGAAUCAACACGGCGCAAUGCUAUCCAGUUACAUAUCGAGCAGCAGACGCAUACAGAUGGGUUGGGAGAUCCUGAUCGGGAACCUCUACUCCUUAAGCAUGUGGAGCAUGGUGAUGGUACACAGGAGGAUAUCGUGAUAGGCCAAUCAACUGUUCCUCAAACCGUCUUUAAUUCGGUGAAUGUGCUUAUUGGAAUCGGGCUACUCAGUCUGCCACUUGCUUUGAAGCAUUCUGGAUGGGUACUUGGCCUUGGCUUCCUCAUUUACUCGGCUGUGACAACUUCCUAUACUGCGAAGAUCUUGGCCAAGUGUCUUGACGUGGACCAUACCCUCGUUACGUAUGCCGAUUUGGCUUAUAUUAGCUUUGGACACCAUGCCCGUCUGGUUACUAGUUUCCUCUUCUGUUUAGAAUUGCUAGGUGCCUGCCAUUCUUCAAUGGAAGAUGGUGUGUGGGUUGGUAUUGGUGCCACUGAAUUUCUUGCCCUUGCGAUUCCUCAGUUUGUGAUCCUUAUAUGCGUUGAUGGUCUGAUCAAGCCUGAUUCUCCGGGCUCUCUUCAAAAACCUGCGAAUACGUUUCUAUUCCCUGAGAAUUGGGCUACCCUCCCUCUCAGUUUUGGUCUGAUCAUGUCACCUUGGGGUGGACAUGGUGUUUUCCCGAACAUCUAUCGCGAUAUGAGACAUCCAAAGAAAUAUGGAAAGAGUCUCAAGGUCACAUACUUAUUUACAUUCUCCCUCGACUGCUCCAUGGCAAUCAUUGGCUGGCUCAUGUUUGGUGACAUCGUACGCGACGAAAUCACAGCGAAUGUUCUGAGCGUAGAUGCUUAUCCGCGAGUCAUAUCUGUCUGUAUUAUCAUCUUCAUCUCCAUUAUCCCACUCAGCAAGGUGCCUUUGAACGCCCGUCCUCUAGUAGCCACAUUUGAAGUUCUCUGUGGCGUUGGAAUUGGGUCACAGUCUUCAUAUAGACCAGCUGUUCAAGCAUUCAUCCGAGCACUGGUUCGAGUCUUCACUGUGGCUCUCACCGUUGUACUGGCUGUAGUAUUCCCAGAAUUCGACAGGAUCAUGGCCUUCCUCGGCUCUUUCCUGUGUUUCACCAUUUGCAUCAUCUUCCCUUUGGCGUUUUAUCUGAAGAUAUUCGGGAAGGAAAUCAGUCCCCGCGAGCGUAUCUUGGAUUGGUUCCUGCUCAUCACUUCCACGAUUCUGGCGGCGGUGGGAACCGUCUGGGCAUUCCUGCCCGCGGAACUGAUCUCGGGAGAGUGA